AUGGCACAGGCGGAGUGUUUCAUCGAUGAGUUGAAGGUACUGGUCAGGAAUAAGGAUCGGCCGGUGAGCCAAUGGCUGGCGAUCGAGAAGUCCAGUGCACUCUACAAACUUACUCCGCUGAUUGACGAAAACGGGCUGAUUCGAAUGGAGGGGAGAGCAGAGAAAGCAGAGUUGCUGUCAUUCGAUCUACGUUUUCCAACGAUCCUGCCACAUCAGCAUAAAAUCACGCAGCUGAUUGUUCAGCAUUACCAUGAGAAGAGCGGUCACGGAUAUCGACAGGCGGUGAAGAACGAGCUGAAGCAGCUGUUCUACAUUCCGCAGCUUGACGCAGUAGUCCGGAAGGUGUCGUCGUCUUGUGUAUGGUGUAAGGUCCAUCGAAGUCGGCCUCGAGUUCCACGAAUGGCUCCGCUACCAGUGCAGCGGUUAACACCGAAUCUUCGUCCCUUUAGUUACACAGGUGUGGAUUAUUUGGGCCCAUUUGCUGUUACUGUAGGACGCCGAACGGAGAAGAGAUGGGUCGCAUUGUUCACCUGCUUGGCAACCCGCGCGGUGCACCUGGAGGUGGCUCACGGACUGACUACGCAGUCAUGCUUGAUGGCGAUUCACCGGUUCAUUGGUCGGCGAGGUUGGCCGAUGGAGUUUCUGUCCGACAAUGGGACGAACUUCCUAGGAGCCAGUAAGGAACUGGAAGGAGUUGUCCGAGAAAUAGGAGAAGAUUGUGCGGAUCAGCUGACUAGCGCGAGAACGAACUGGACGUUCAACCCCCCUUUGGCUCCUCACAUGGGAGGAGUAUGGGAGCGUCUCGUUCGGUCGGUUAAGGAGGCAUUCGUGGCGCUUGAUGAUGGGAGACGGUUUACGGACGAAAUUUUGCAGACAGUAGUGGUGGAAGCGGAAGACAUGAUAAAUUCUCGCCCGCUAACGUACGUGUCUCAAGAGUGUGACGAAGCGGAGGCACUCACUCCAAACCACUUUUUGCGGGGACUCUCCCCAAAUCAGCCUAGCGUGAAACUUCCCCCACCUCAUCCAGCAGCAGCACUUCGAGACGCGUUCCAGCGAUCGCAGCAGUUGGCCAGCAUUUUGUGGGAACGUUGGGUCAAGGAGUACAUUCCUUCGCUGAACCAGAGGACAAAGUGGUUUGGUGAGUCGAGACCAUUAAGAAUAGGAGACUUAGUUUAUGUGGUAGAAGGUAGCAACCGGAAGUGGUGGAUCCGCGAGGAGGUCAUCGUGUCAGGUGAUGGACGAAUUCGACAGGCCUGGGUACGCACCAACAGUGGACGAUAUAGGCGAGCAACAGCAAAACUAGCCGUGAUGGAGUUUGGUAACUCUGAACCGGAUGCGAGCUCCGGGACAGGGUUACGGGCCGGGGAAUGUUCUGGCAUCACUGGCAGUUGCGCCAUUGCACCCGUGUCGAAUUGA